CUUCCACCCUCCAUCUGAACUCCUCUUCAGAUAGCAGGUAUUGACUGAUUUUCUGAGCAGCAGUGCAAAUAUGAAGGUGGCGAUUGCAGUCUUGUGUCUGAUGUGGCUGUGCUCGUGUGAGAGCCGCACGCUGGGUCGCUGUGAUGUUGUCCGUAUCUUCAGGCAAGAGGGACUCGAUGGCUUUGAGGGAUUCUCGCUUGGCAACUAUGUGUGCACGGCCUACUGGGAAAGCAGGUUUAAGACCCAAAGAGUGCGUUCAGCUGACACCGGGAAAGACUAUGGGAUCUUCCAGAUAAACAGUUUCAAAUGGUGCGAUGACGGCACUCCAGGUGGAAAGAACGAGUGCAAAGUUCCCUGUUCAGAUUUGCUUCAGGAUGACCUGAAAGCUUCAGUUGAAUGUGCAAAGCUCAUUGUGAAAGCCCAAGGACUGAAAUCAUGGGACACCUGGGAUAGUUACUGUAAUGGGCGUAAGAUGGAACGCUGGGUGAAAGGUUGUGAGGAGCGCUAAUAAGCCCUUGAUUGCCUGCAAGGAGAUUUAAUUAUCUAUAAUGCCCUCAGAUUAUGUGCUAAUGCAUUUAAACUCUUGGUUGAUGUGAUUUUUAAAACUAAAAGACAUUGUCAUUAUUAACAUUUGUAACCUUGAUCUUGAGAUGUAUAUUAAAACGUCUUCCCAAAUUGUUAA